AUGCGCCUCCUCAACACACAAACCAUCGCGGUCGAGACAUUUGGCGAUGACCAAAUCCCUGCAUACGCCAUCCUGUCUCACACCUGGGAGGUAGAGGAGGUGACUUUCCAGGACAUGGAGCUCGGAAAGGCAACAAGCAAAAAGGGCUGGGCAAAGGUCAAAGACAGCUGUUCUAUGGCCCGCAAGAACGGAUUCGACUACGUCUGGCUAGACACCUGCUGCAUCGACAAGACCAGCAGUGCUGAGUUGUCCGAGGCCAUCAACUCGAUGUAUCGUUGGUACCAGGAAGCCGCUGUGUGCUACGCCUUUCUUGCAGAUGUUUCUGAUCUAUCUGGGCUCUCUAGCAGCAAGUGGUUCACCAGAGGAUGGACCCUGCAAGAGCUGAUUGCCCCGUCGUCAAUCAUUUUCUUCAGUCAGAUUUGGGACGAGCUAGGCACUAAGGAAACCCUUGAUCGAGUCAUAUCAGAACGCACCAAAAUACCCAAAGAUAUUCUCUCUGGAGUUCAAGACUUGGAGAUGACCAGCGUUGCGCAGAGAAUGUCGUGGGCAUCAGAUCGAAGAACCACAAGGAGAGAAGACCUUGCCUACUGCCUGAUGGGAAUCUUCAACAUCAACAUGCCACUGCUAUAUGGAGAGGGAGAAAAGGCCUUUAUCAGACUCCAAGAGGAAAUCAUGAGGGUAUCAGAUGACCACAGCCUGUUCGCAUGGAACCAACCCAGCCGCCUUCAAAGACUCUGGGAACAUCAUUCCCCGGAACCUCUUUAUGCCGUACAACAGUCCCUUCACUUUGACCAACAAGGGUGUUCACCUGGACCUUCCCUUCAUCGGGUUGGGAGACCGAGGCACAGGACUGGCCGUCUUAUCCUGCACCGAGGUUGA